AAAAAAAAAAUCUUCGCCAAUCAGGUACAUUAGCGAUUAGCCAGUUAAUAAUAAACCUCGGCUAAAGUCUGAGCCCUCGAAAUUUUCUCUACUCUCUGAGACUAAUAACGUAGAGAGCUAGAAGAAACCCUAGCGAGAGGUUGAAGAUGAUCAUCCCUGUUCGUUGUUUCACUUGCGGCAAGGUUAUUGGGAACAAAUGGGACACUUACCUUGAUCUUCUUCAGGCAGAUUAUUCUGAAGGAGAUGCUCUUGAUGCCUUGGGUUUGGUUCGUUACUGCUGUAGACGAAUGCUCAUGACUCAUGUUGAUCUCAUUGAGAAACUUCUUAACUACAACACUCUGGACAAAAGUGAGGGAGGCUGAGGGCCACUACAAUGGGGUUGAAGUUGGUUGUUUUGGAUAUGCGGCUGAGUUCUAAGUGUUUAAACAAAUGGUGUUGUUAGUUAGGAAGCCAAUUAAACUUGGAGUAGUGCUGUAGAAGUAAAAAAGUUAUUUUGUGUGAAUGUUUGUUCCUUGUAUGUGAGCUUGAGCAAUACUAGAAUGAAACAUUAUCACUUGUUUUCAUGGUGCAUUAUUCCUCAAAUAUGAGCUGACUGGGAAGUGUGACUUGAUUUCA